AUGGAAAUGGACGAUGAUCCAGAUCCGGAGAUGCAGACCGGAACGCCGGGCCACCCAAUAAGCAUAUCAAGUGGAUCUCCAUUUCAGGGAUCACCUUACCAUGGGCCCGACUCGUUUCAAGAGAAAAUGGCCACAUAUGAUUGGUUCUUUACCCCACCAUACCAUAACUCUCCAUCCCAACCUCCCUUGGAUGAGCCCCAGCUUCAGGCAGUUUCACCUCCACCACUUCCUGUUGAGGAGCCACCUCAGCAGCUACCACAGCCACCUCCCGAGCCUCCAAGGCAACGGAGGAAUGCACGCAUGUCAGUGCGAGGAGGACCUCGUUUUAGUUAUCCUCGGGGUUCGAGUUCCUACCCUCCUAUUCCAGAGGACCCCCAAAUGGGUGGGCCCUCUAACGCGGCACCGGAGAUUGAUCCUCCGCCAGCUUCAUUUGCACCACCUUAG